AUGGAGACUAUCAAGGGCUUGGCGCGCCGCGCGACGCAGAGCCUCAGGGAGAAGGUCUUACAUGGAGACGCUUCAGGCCACGAUGAGACGCUGGAGGCGGCCAGCAAAAAGGUGUUCCAGUACCAGAGGUCCGGCGAGGCCAUUUGUGUCAAAAUGAUACGCGCCGCAGAACUUAUUGAGGAGUUGGGAAAAGUCCUUAAGGAGGUUGCAGAAGAGUACCAAAACGUCCCUGAUUUACUACCGGUGUCGAGCCAGCUUGCGGCAGACGUGUUGGAAGUGGGCACAAAACUAUUUGUCACGGCACAGGAGCAUCAAAAAGGCCUCAAGGAGCAGGGCUUUGACGUGUUGAAUUCCUUCAUAAAAAAUAUCAGUAAGUUGAAGGAUGCAGAGGAGGCCCGUCGCAAGAACCAGCUAGAAUACGACUUCUUCCGACAAAAGGUGCUGGGACUGCGGGCGAUGCCGCCCAAGGACAAGUCACGUAUUCCACGAAAUGAACAAAAGUUGGAGAAUUGGCGUGUAGAGUUUUGGAGGGCCACUGAAAACAGCAAGGCGGUCUGCUCCCAGCUGUAUGCUGAGGGUCGACGCGCCAUUGAUCUUAGUGUGUUGACCCUCACAAGGGUCCUUGGGAGUUUCCUCAGCAUUGCUGGGAACGGAUUUAAGCAGCAGUUUGUCAACGCACGACUGCCAGUGUACCCGACGACGUCGCUCCUACCCUCAGCGCCACUGCCACCUAAUCCGAUGCCUCCUUAUCAGCCGCCGCCACCGCAGGCGGGAGGCUAUGCUGCGAUUCCGUACGGACAGCCGCAAGCGCAGCAAAACUCGCUGCAGGGCCAGCCGCCACAGGUGCAACAAUGGCAAGGAUGGAAUGAUGGCCACCCCACAGGUUGGUCGCAGCAGCACCCACAACAGCCGCAGCCACCCUCAUUUCAGCCACACUUCCCCGAACCUCAGAGGCCAUGGGGCCACUCCCCGUCGCAAGCGCGGUCGACGCCUGAAGCAUGGCAGGUGCCAGAGGGGCAACAACAACAGCAAGACGGGAAUUUUCAAGCGCAGAACACGUCAUCGUCUGCUGGUCUGCAACCCUCCUUAAACAACUGCUGGCCCCCGAGCACCGCGUUCGAGAGGCCGCCCGAAGGUAACGGUAACGGUGCUCACGCACCUGCUCUACCUCAGCCCCCAUCAGCAUCGAUGGAUGGCAAAUCGUAG